UCCAAUUUUAAGUAGUAUAAACUUAAUUUAUACGAUGGGAAGCGAAAUAAACGGACUCAGAAGCACCACAUCAGCAGGGACUCCGUUGCCGGCAACCAGCUCUGCUGGAGAUUUAGCUUCAUAUUCUUCACUUUCAUUGAGCAGCAGGUCUGGAAGAAGCCCAAUUGUUAUCUCCCAGAAUCUGGUGAAGGCCUCAAGUAAACUCCAUGGAGAAGAACAAGAAGCUCUCAAGAGGGACCAGGUCCAACAAGACAAGAUCUGGAGAGAGGUUGUGGAGGCUGAAAGGAAGGCCACCAAAUAUUGGUAUCAAAACUGGAGUUUCCUAAAGGACUAUGAUCCCCAGGGCAAGAAAAAAGUAUCUGUCCAACUCCCUGAAUAUAUACCAAUAUUUUCAGACAAAAUUCCCAAUACUACCAACCGUGUAAUUGGGAGCAGAAUGAACACUGAUCUUGGUAAAACCCUGAUAAAAAUGGAUUAUUUCCUCAAUUAUGGAAGAAGAAAAACAAAAACUGAGCAAGAACUCCAGCCUUCCUAGAAUCAAAUAGAAAUCUUGCUGUUAAAAAAGUGCUUAUCUUUUUUGAAGAUUAUACUUUUUGAAAUAGGAUUAAUGUCAAAAACUUUGUGCACCUACCCUUCCAGACUUAAUUCUUCUGCAGACUAGUCAGCAAUGAUAUUUAGCAAAUUAAAGUUGAUAGCAAAGUUUGCUAAUAUUAUCCCUGAGAACGGUCACAUGUAAACACCAGUCUUUACAAUUUCCAACAUUUAGAAAACAGUGGUGCUGCAUCACAUUCUACUUUUUUCACUAGUAGGAAAACUGUGUUUCUUCCACCAAAUUAAGCCUGAAAUUUCAUUGCAGAUGAGAGCGCUGGCCUGUUAUACAUUGCAAGACUCAGCUGGGGCAUCAAAAUAUAUGUAAGUGCCAUAGUGGCACAGUGCUUAGAAUGUAGUUUUGCAGGCUAAUUUUGCAUUCGCAAUGCCAGGAGUUUGAUCCUGACUAUCUCAAGGUUGACUCAGCCUUCCAUCCUUCUGAGGUCAGUAAAAUAAGGACCCAGAUUGUUGGGGAGAACAUGC